UCCUAUAUAUAUAUCAGGAUGUUCUUAGUGAACUUUUGCGUAGCCUUGGGGCUCGGAACGGCUUUCGGGCUUCAGAAAAGGUCCGCUUGUGAAGGGACGCAGGCGGAUUCCGCGAUGCAGGCGGAAAGCGGUGGCCGGCUGGUGGACAGUCGCUACGCCUGGCUGGUGGCCCUGACCUGCGGCUGGGUCCAGGUGUGGGCGGCCGUCGUGUUCCGGAGCUCGGGCGUCCUGCUGGUUGGCGUCGUGGCAGACUUUAACGUCACCCGCGAGGAGGCCGCCUGGCCCUUCGAGCUCUACAACAUCGUCAGCUCGGUCCAGGGGUUCACAACCGGCAUCUUGAUCCAUUUCUUCGACACCAGGACGUUGACGAUGGCGGGCACGCUGCUGGCAACUAUGAGCGCCGUCGCCUGCUUUCUCUGGAACCAUUUCACCAUUUAUCUCGUCUUCAUCGGCCUCGGCUUCGGAACUUCGUCGGGCAUCACGGUGCCCGUAAACGUGGUGGCCCUCAGCCGCUACUUCAGGCUGCACAGAACGUCCGCGAACGGCCUCAACUUUGCCGGCGCCUCCGUGGGUAGCUUCCUGAUCCCGCCGCUGCUGGCCGGGUUCCUGGACCGCUACGGCCUGGGCGGGACGAUGCUCGUCAUCGGGGCCCUGAUGCUCAACGCCAUGGCCGGCGGCAUCGUGCUCCGCUCGUCCGCAGACUACCCGCAGUGCCGAGGCCGAUUCUCUCGUGGCGAGGACGCCGAGGACGGCUCCAUCGACGGCUCCGUGCACCGCAGCGAGCUAUGUUCAACGGAGUUCUUACUCUGCGAGAGCGGCGUCAUGGCCUCAUCGGUGGCCCAGCUGCCCAGGUGGAAGAUCAGUAAACCCAGGGAUAUGAGACAAGGACCCGCAUCCUUCCUCUGGAAACCCGUCUUCUAUUUGCUCACGCUCACGGGCAUCGUGUACAGCUUCGUGUUCAGCAGCUACCUCAUCACCAUCGUGGACCACGUGCAAGGCGUGCUCGGCGUGACGAACCAACAGGCCUCCCUCUUCGUGUCCGUCAUGGCGGCCGGUGACCUCAUCAGCCGCCUGGGCACCGGCUGCCUGGCGGACCUCGGCUAUGUGGACUGCGAGACGCUGCUGGUGGUCAACUUCGCCGCGCUGGCCGCCUGCUACGCGCUCCUGGCCCACGUGGAUUCGCUACUCCAGUUCGGGCUGGUGGCCUUCGUGUUCGGGCUCAACAAUGGCGGGCCCAUCGUCUCGCUGCCCUGCCUGCUGUCUGACCACCUCGGCAAACGACAUCUGCCGAUGACGUACGGUAUCCACAGGCUCAGCAUGGCCAUCGGAACGCUGGUUCGACCCACGCUCAUCGGCUAUUUCAAGGACGGCCGUGGCUCCUACAACGGUCUGUACUACCUGAUCAGCGUCUUCUCCGGUGCCAUUGUGUUCCUGUGGGUCCCCGGGGUGGCCAGAAGUCACUUCAAGCGCUCCCGCAUUUCCCGAGGCUUCUGA